GGCUGAUCUCAUUCCUUUGGGAGGAGGGGAAAGGGGUGAAACAACAGCACAACUUCCCAGAAAAGGAUGUGUCCUUUCGAUUUUGGUUCUUAACCACACUGUUUCACUGUAAUAUCCGGCUUGAUUUUCAGCUACUAAAGAGAACAGGGAGCACCCUGGGGAGCCAGACACAGAAGGAGGAAGGUGAGAGGAGAGAAUUUAUCCGCUGUCUGCAGCUUAGGAGACAGGUUGGCAGGUUGCCAUGGCAUCUAGACCCAACAUGAUGGCCCCCAUUUGCCUGGUGGAAAAUAACAAUGAGCAGCUGUCAGUGAAUCAGGAAGCUCUAGAGAUUCUUGACCAGAUUUCUCAGCCAGUGGUGGUCGUGGCCAUUGCAGGACUAUAUCGUACUGGCAAAUCCUACUUGAUGAAUCGGCUUUCAGGACAGAAUCACGGUUUCCCUCUGGGCUCUACGGUGCAGUCUGAAACCAAGGGCAUCUGGAUGUGGUGUGUGCCUCACCUCUGUAAGCCUGAUUGCACUCUGGUCCUUCUGGACACUGAGGGCCUGGGCGAUGUGGAAAAGGGUGACCCUAAGAAUGACUCAUGGAUCUUUGCCCUGGCCGUGCUUCUGUGUAGCAGCUUUGUCUACAACAGCCUGAGCACCAUCAACCACCAAGCUCUGGAGCAGCUGCAUUAUGUGGCAGAGCUGACAGAACUCAUCAGGGCAAAGUCCUCCCCUACACCAGAUGGAGUAGAAGAUUCAUCAGAGUUUGUGAGUUUCUUUCCAGACUUUAUCUGGGUCGUACGGGAUUUCAUCCUGGAGCUGGAGUUAAAUGGUCACCCUAUCACAGAAGAUGAGUACCUGGAGAAUGCCUUGAAGCUGGUUCCAGGCAUGAAUCACAAAGCUCAAAUAUCCAAUUUCCGAAGAGAGUGCAUCCGGAAUUUCUUUCCAAGACGGAAAUGUUUUGUCUUUGACCGGCCAACAAAUGACAAAAAACUCCUAGCCAAUAUUGAGAAGGUUGAGGACAAACAAUUGGAUCCUUACUUCAAGGAAGAAACAAAGAACUUCUGUUCUUACAUCCUCACCCAGGCGAGGACCAAGACCCUCAGAGAGGGAAUCAUGGUCACUGGGAAACGACUUAGGACUCUGGUGGUGACUUAUGUGGAUGCCAUCAACAAUGGAUCAGUGCCAUGUUUGGAGAAUGCGAUGACAACUCUGGCCCAAAUUGAGAACUCCAGAGCUGUUCAGAAGGCAGCCAACCACUACAGUGAGCAGAUGGCCCAGAGAGUGAGCUUCCCCACAGACACCCUACAGGAGCUGCUGGACCUGCACACAGCCUGUGAGAGGGAAGCCAUUGCAAUCUUCAUGGAGCACUCCUUCAAGGAUGACAACCAGGCGUUCCAGAAGAAUCUUGUGGAAAUCAUAAAGGAUAAGCAGGAUAAGAUCUUGCUGCAGAAUGAAGAGGCAUCUGUUAAAUUCUGCCAGGAAAAACUUGAGCAGCUUUCCAAGUCUCUCAUGGAAGGUAUUUCAGCAGGCAUUUUCUCUGUUCCUGGUGGUCACAAGCUCUACAUGGAAACAAAGGAAAGGAUUGAACAGGACUACUGGCAAGUGCCCAGGAAAGGAUUGAAGGCACAUGAGGUUCUCCAGAGGUUCCUGCAGUCGCAGGCAGCAACAGAGAGUUCCAUCCUGCAGGGAGACAAAGGGCUCACAGAGGAGAUGAAGGCCAUAGCAGCGGAGCGGGCCAGAAAGGAGGCAGCUGAGAAGGAACAGGAGCUGCUGAGACAGAAACUACAGGAGCAGGAGCAGCAAAUGGAGGCACAGAAGAGGAGUCGGGAGGAAAAUAUAUUGCAACUGAAGGAGAAGCUGGAGAGGGAACGAGAGAAUAUAUUAAGAGAGCAGAAUAUGAUAUUGGAGCAUAAAUUAAAGGUUCAAGAAGAUUUGCUUAGAGAAGGAUUUAAAAAGAAAUCUGAAGAGAUGAAUGCAGAGAUCAAUCAUUUGAGAAAUAUGAUUGGUAGUACUCAAAGUGAUAAUAGUCCCUUGAUGACACAAAUCAUGGAGAGACUUGCCAGUGAAAUUGACUCAAUAUGUUGUGCAUCUGAGAAAACACAUUCUAACCUCGCUGCAAGUUGUAUGCCCUGGGACACGGGAGCUAACAUGGGAAUGCAGUCUGUCCUUCUUCUGAGAACUGCCUAUCAUUAUGGAAAGACUUACAACGUCAUAGCACCUAGUCCUGGAGGCACCUGCUCUUUACAACCCUCAGCCCCUAUUACCUGUAAUCUGGUCCUGCUGAGGGUGCCCGGAGGUGCACCCUCUCUGUGAUUCCCCUCCAGCCCGCAUGACUUGUAAUCUGUAAUGAUUACCCCACGCCUACUUUCCCAUACUUGUA